AAGCUUUCUGGUGGUUGAAUAAGCCAAACUGUCAUAUGCCAAGAAUAGAAUCCAACUCUCAUCCCACAGAGCUGGAAAGGAAUGUGAGAGAUGCUGUUUCUAUCAUUCUUGCAUUUGUUUAUGUCUGAGUUUGAAUAUUUCAAUUGAAACUUCCUAUAUGCUUAAGCCGGCCUUUGCUAUUGAGACAAAAGCAUCCGCUUCACUUGUCUGAUUCAUUCCAGACAAUGCCCCACUCAUCAUCCCUACUAACCGUGCUUAUUUAUAGCUCCCGUUGCCUCUAGCUUCAUCCAUUCUUCGUAUUCUUCAUCUUCCUGCAACAAUGGAGGAGACGGUGGAGCUCAUCGAAGGGAAGGUGGACUGGAAAGGAAGGCCGGCGCAGAAAGAUAAGCAUGGUGGAAGCCGCACCUCCUUGCUCAUUUUAGGCUCACUCACUUUCGAGAGCAUGGCUACGUUCGCUUUGGCUGUUAACCUCGUCACCUACUUCACCGGCACCAUGCAUUUCGACGUAGCUACCUCCGCCAACCAGCUCACCAACUACAUGGGCACUAGCUACAUCGUCACCAUCGCCGUUGCUACCUUGGCCGACACCUACAUCGGCCGGUUCAAGGCAGUUCUUCUCGCAACAUCAAUCGAGUUUUUGGGACUGGGGCUGUUAUCACUGCAAGCUCACUACGAAAGCCUGAAGCCGCCGACUUGUGUGAUGCUCGACCCCUCCUCGACGUGCGUUCAAGUGAGUGGAGCCAACGCGGUCCUACUCUUCGUUGCGCUGUACAUGGUGGGGAUUGGGUCGGGAGGAUUGAAAGCUGCCCUGCCGGCUCAUGGUGCGGAUCAGUUUGAUGACGAGGACGAGAAGGAGGCGGAGGAGAAGUCCAGCUUCUUCAACUGGAUCCUGCUUUCUAUGUGCGUAGGAGGUGCAAUCAGUUUGACAUUCUUUGUUUGGAUCGAAGACCACAAAGGAUGGGACUGGGGUUUCGCUGUCAGCACCAUCGCCAUGUUCCUCGCCAUCAUCGUCUUCGCUGUUGGUUUACCACAGUACCGAAUCCACGUGGUCAACGGGAGCAGCGCUCUCACUAAGAUUGCACAGGUCUAUGUUGCAGCUAUCCGAAACAGAAACCUUCAACUUCCCGAGGACCACGACGAGCUCUACGAAGUUAGACUGGACAAGGAAGCCGCAGACGAAGGCGCAGAACUCCUACCUCACACCGAUGCUUUUAGGUUUUUAGACAAAGCAGCCAUUGACACAUCUCCAGAGAAUCCAACCCCAUGGAAGCUCUGCACCGUGACACAAGUGGAGAACGCGAAGAUCGUACUAAACAUACUCCCACUAUUCCUCUGCACAAUCAUCAUGACACUCUGCCUGGCUCAGCUCCAAACAUUCUCAGUAGAGCAAGGCGUCACCAUGGACAAAAGCAUGGGCAAGCACUUCCAAAUCCCGCCCGCCUCCCUCCCCAUCAUCCCGGUCAUGUUCCUCGUCGUCCUCAUCCCCUUCUACGACCGCAUCAUCGUCCCCUUCCUUCGCAGACUCACAGGCAUCCCCACGGGCAUAACCUACCUGCAGCGCGUGGGGGUGGGCCUCAUCCUCUCCUCCCUCUCCAUGGCCGUGGCCGCGGUAGUUGAGGCGAAGCGGAAGCGCGUGGCGAGGGAGCAGGGGAUGGUGGACGCGAACCCCUUCGUGGAUUCGCUCCCGAUCAGCGUGUUCUGGCUGGGGUUCCAGUACUUCAUAUUCGGGAUAGCGGACAUGUUCACGUACGUCGGGCUGCUGGAGUUUUUCUACCAUCAGGUGCCGAGGGACCUUAAGUCGAUAUCGAGCUGCUUCCUGUGGACGUCGAUGUCGCUGGGGUACUUCCUGAGUACGAUACUGGUGAAGACGGUGAACCGGGCAACGAGGGACGUGACGAGCAGCCGGGGGUGGCUGGCGGGGAAUAAUAUAAAUAGGAACCAUUUGAAUCUGUUUUACUGGCUGCUGUCGGCAUUGAGUUUGCUGAAUUUCUGCGUCUAUCUGUUCGUUUCGAAGAGGUAUAAGUAUAGGCAGGGGAGCCAUGAAGAUGGCAGCAGCAGACUGCGUGAGCUGCAGAGUAUACAUGAUCAGUCGCGCAGUAAUUAAGAAGACAAGUGUUUCAGUGUUUGUCAAUUAAUGUGUGUGUU